AUGAAGGAUAAGGUGAAAUACAACCUCUUUGGUAACUUCCUAUCCAAUCAUGUAUUAAUAUUCUUCCUGGUUUUUCUGUUGAACCUGUUGAUAUUCUUCUCGUUCAUCAAUGGCUUCCUAUUCCCGAGAGAAGGAAUCACAAACAAGUCGGAAGAUUUGGAAACCUUUAGCAGAAAGGUGUUUGGCGAUGAAUACAUAGAAUCACAGAAGAGUAAAAAAAAUGUGCACUCCAUUGUGAAUGCACCGUACGACAGAAUAGUGGUCCUACUGAUAGAUUCACUGAGGUUUGAUUUUACGUUAUACGAUCCGAAUUAUAAAAAAGAGCAAGAAAAUGACGAAUCGGUCGAUGAAGAAAAAAAUACUUCAAAGGAGGAGGUGAGAUUUUUCCAAAACAACAUGAUGCAUUUGCACCACAUGUUGAAGACAGAGAAAGAAAAAACAAUGUUAUUUCGAUUUCAAGCAGAUGCACCUACGAUUACCACGUCGAGGUUAAAAUCUAUGGUCAUUGGCUCCAUACCAAAUUUCUUAGACUUAAAUGAAAAUUUUAGUCCAAGUGAUGAUAUACAAGAUAAUUUCAUAGAGCAACUUUACUAUAAUAGAAAAACGGUCACAGCUAUCGGAGAUGACACACUUGUAAAAUUGACAAAAAAUGUAUCGAGGAAAUUAGUGUACGAAAGUUUUAACAUUUUCGAUUUGUACGAUUUGGACAUCAAGUCGAAGAAUCAUUUUUAUGAAGAGUAUCCUUUGGAUUAUUGGGACCUUUUGUUUGUACACGUUUUGGGGGUAGAUCACGUAGGCCAUGUAGGGAAACCCAAUUCGAGGAAGAUGAAAAAUGUGUUAAAAGAUUUCGACAUUUUUGUAGACGAUAUAGUACAGAAGGUUAAAUCGGAAAAGAAGAAGAAAACUCUUUUUGUUCUUUUUGGUGAUCAUGGACAAACACGCACAGGAGAUCACAGUGGGUACAGUGCAGAUGAGACAGAUACCUCUCUGUUUAUCUAUUCCCCAUUGAAAUUUAUGCCUCUAGAUAAGAACAUAAUUAAUAAGACGUUUAUUCUAUACGAUAAGGACAAGCUAGAGAGAAACAACUCCGAUUCUCCCUCUGCAUUUAGUGCUUGCGUCCCAGACGAGGACCAGUGCUAUGUAGAAAGCUAUAAAAAUUACCAUUCCGCUUUGAACGAUUCGAAUAAGGACAAAACCUACUUCUACGAUGUUAGGCACACCAGGCAAAUAAACUUAGUGAGCACGCUAUCGUUUCUGAUUGGAUCCACCAUUCCCUUUUGCAACGUGGGAAAUGUUAUCAUGGAUUUUAUCCCGAACGCGUACAAGGAGGGUGCCCCAUCUACAGCGUCCGCUUCUUCCACUGCAUCUUAUGCAUCUUCUAAUUAUGGAGAGGAAGGAAACGGAAGUGAAAGCAACCCUUCCAGUGAGGACCCCACGGGAGAAGAUAACUCCCCGGGGGAGAGUAAACCCAGUGUGGAACUGAACGAAGAUGAUGGGAAGCACUCCGACUUAUAUUACGAGGUUCUCAAUUUACACUACAUCGCAGAACUGAACUAUGCCAACUUGUGGCAGAUAAAUAGAUACCUAAACGAGUAUGAAGGACACUAUGGGGUCAUCAAAAAUGAAGAUUAUUUUUUUAUUAAAAAUAAUUGGAAACAUAUAGAAGAAGAAAUGCUACGAUUUUUUCAACCAAAUAAAAAAUUCCUAGACUUAGAAGAAAUUCUAACAAGUGAAAAGGAAGAGUACAUAAAAUAUAUAAACAAAAUGAGAAAUCUCAUGGAAGUUACCCAGAAAUAUUUUUACAUCAUUUUUGCUGCCAAAAAACCAUCCUUUAUUGUCCUAUGCCUAAUUGUGAACAUAUUCUUUUUGAUCAUAUUUCAUAUAUUUUACCAUAACUCAAAAUUGAAUUGUUACUACAAGUCCAUUUCAGCUGGCAGCUUCAUUCUUCUCCUCACUAUUUUUUUCAUUGCCCUUCUUUCACUCGACAUGUAUAACAAGUGUCUGCACCUACUCGUGUUGUCAUUCCUGUUCAUACUUCUAGUCGUUGGGAUAUUCUUCUCUAAAAAUAAGUACACAGAUUUUUUCCGAUUCAUUAGCUAUGUCAAGAUAUCCCUCGUAUGUAGUAACCUCCCAGAGGAGAAUUUGAAGAAAUACACAGCUAUACAAGCGCAAGGUGAAAACUCCAUUCAUCAGGACAAGAGUAGAUAUGUGAACGCAGGGAAUCAUUCCAAGAACACCUUUCUUCGAAAAAGUUUCCGAUUUUUUAAAUGUCUUUAUAUCAUAAUCAAGCGAAGUAUCGCGAGAAGCAUAAAUAUAGUCUUGCCACAUAUAUUUAUCAUUACUAAGUGCAUUUUCUCUGCAAAGAAGAAGCUACUUAAAACGCUAAUGAAUAAUAACUACUUCCUUUUUGUCGCCAUUUGGAGCUCGUGUGAAUUGUCCUUCUACUACAUAUUCAAGGAGAGGCACUACAUCCACUUUGUGUUAAUUGCCUACGUGGUGCUUUCUCUGUUAAAGUGCGAGUCUUUCUUCUCCCUGCACCUUUUGCGCGGACUGGUCCUCAUCACCGUCCUAGUCGUGAACGCGGCGUUCAGCUUCACGCCGGGAUAUUUCGAGCAUGACAUGGAAAAGUUGUACCUGAAGAAAUCCGUGCUACAAAUGGCGUUACCCAUUUCGCUACACUUUUUUAGUAUCUUAUUUAUAAAUUGCGGUUCCAACAAGCUGCUGAAAAGGGAAAUAAAAAUUGUCAUGUCGUUAGGAUGGACCGUGCAGUUCGCAUUAGUACUUUUGUAUUUCCUUAAAAUCAACGAGGAAGUGAUAUUUUGGAACCCCAUAGGUGUUUACUUGACGACAUUUUUGCUAUACCUGUUCGUCAUAUUAAGAAAAAGCAGCAUAAUGCAAGAGGAAAAAGUACCGGAGUCGUUCCAGAAGAUACACGAAGUUUCUAUAACUCUGUUCCUAAUACUGUUUUCUUCCCUCCAGUUAUCGCUCAUCGCAUAUAGCAACACAAACUUGAGUGUCUUGCUAUUCCUCUACACAACGCUAUUUUUCUUUUACUUUUUUUUUGUGAGUACAAAUAAUUUGGAAGAAAAUAAAGAUAUGAAUAACAUUAAAAUAAAAUGGAUUGAAGAAAAUAAACAGGUACAUAUGUUUACCAAUUUGGAGGACGAAAAAAAAACGGUUGAAAUGAGUCAGGUGAAUACAUGGGUUAAGGAAAAAUUUGAUCUCAAACUUGUGCAACAGAAAUGUACCUUGCUAGAUAAAUGCAGCUCACUUAACGAAACAGAUGCCACACAAAUUCAAAUUUACAAAUUAGUAAAGAACAUUCCAUUUUUCUCUCUUAGUGACACCGAUUUUUAUUUACUCUCAGCUAUACUUAUAAAAUACACGUUCUUUUUAACUGGCCAAAAAUUUGUCCUAAAUAGCUUGCCCCUGACUUCAGCAUACAUCGGUUUUAAUAAAUAUGUUUGGCCUAUAAGUCAUAUUUACAUACUUAUUCACAUGUUUUUCCCGAUGCUGUUUUCUCUUUUUUUCAUUCUUUAUGUGUUCAAUUUGAGGAAGAUCAAAAUGCUGACGUGUUUUAAGCAGGUCGAUAUUUACAAUUUUUAUUUCUACCCACUGAUUAACCUUUUCUUCAAGAUCAUUUUCUUAUUCUGCUGCAAGUGCCUCACGGCCCUGUGGGUGGCCUUCUACCUGGAGCUGCACCUCAUGCUCUACGACUACUUCUUGCCAAAUUUCUUUUUCCUGACUGCAAUCAAUUUCGUGUUCAUCGUUUUUUCCAUUUUAAUGCUAUCCCUGACGAAACACAUAUUUUUAAGAUAA